UUAUUAUCUUUUCCUAAUUAAUUUAUAAUUAUAUCAACAUGAAUAAUCCGUACAUGAGAUGAGAGUGACCUUAUGUAUUGACUCUAAUUUAUAAUCCGUAUCAAUAUUAUAUAAGUAUUCAUUGUUUCAUUAAAAUAAAAAUUCUCAAUAUCUUAGAUUUCAUCCUCAAAACGCGAAAAUGUGCAGCGUCGAAAAACGAGGCAACAUCUUCAUCCUGACACUUAAAAGCGACGAUAACAACGACGAACACCGCCUUAAUCCGACCCUCAUCGCCACCAUCCGCUCCGCCAUCGCCGACAUCAAAUCCCAAUCAAUUUGCGAACCUCAAACCCCUUUUGCCUUGAUCACAACCGCAACCGGAAAAUUCUUCUCAAAUGGGUUCGACUUAAAAUGGGCGCAAUCGCAACCCGGAAAGUUCGUGAACCACUUACACCAGAUGGUGGAAUCUUUCAAACCUUUGGUGGCUGAUUUGGUGUCUCUUCCGAUGCCAACGAUCGCGGCUAUUAAUGGGCAUGCCGCGGCAGGUGGGUUCGCGCUUGCGCUAGCGCACGAUUAUGUGGUGAUGAGGAAGGAUAGAGGGGUGUUGUAUAUGAGUGAGGUUGAUAUUGGGAUGACUUUUCCCGAGUAUUUUAAUGUGUUGUUUAGGGAGAAAGUUGGGUGGAAAUGGAGGAGAGAGAUUAUGAUGAGAGGGAUGAAAUUGAAGGGGGAAGAUGGUGUGAAAAUGGGGGUUGUUGAUCAAGUUGUGGUUGGGAUUAAUGGGGAUGAAGUUCUGGAAAAAGGGUUGAAAUUAGGGGAAGAUUUGUUGAAGAAGAAGUGGAAUGGUGAGGUUUAUUGUGAAAUUAGGAAAGGGUUGUAUCCUGAUUUGUGUAAUGAGUUGGGGUUGAUUAGGAAGAAUGUCAUCGUUCCGAGGCUUUGAAUCGAUUUUCUGUUGUGUUGGUGUUUGGUUUCGUGUAUGUUUUUGUAUUCGAUUUGUUGUUGUGAUCGAUUUUAUGUUGUUUUUGCGUUCAAUUUGUUGUCUUUUAAUGAUGCAAGUAUGUUGUUUAAUUUGUA